AUGGUCGCCCGUGUCCAGCAGCCCGCGCCCGCCUUUGAGGCAACCGCAGUCGUCGACGGUUUCUUCGAGACCGUCAAGCUCGAGCAGUACAAGGGCAAAUGGGUCGUCCUCUUCUUCUACCCGCUCGACUUCACCUUUGUCUGCCCGACCGAGAUCCUCGCCUUCAACGAGCGCCUCUCGGACUUCUCCGCGCUCAACACCGAAGUCCUCGCCGUCUCGACCGACUCGGAGUACUCGCACCUCGCGUGGGCCAACACGAACCGCAACGAGGGCGGUCUCGGGCCCGAGUUGAAGCUCAAGCUCGUCGCCGACAAGAGCAUGAAGAUCAGCCGCGAUUACGGCGUGCUCCUCGAGGACGCCGGCGUCGCCCUCCGCGGCCUCUUCCUCAUCGACCCCAAGGGCACCCUCCGCCAAAUCACGAUCAACGACCUCCCCGUCGGGCGAUCGGUCGACGAGACUCUGCGGCUGAUCAAGGCGUUCCAGUUCACGGACGAGCACGGCGAAGUGUGCCCUGCCAACUGGGACCCCGAGUCGAAGAGCGCGACGAUCAAGCCUGACCCCAAGGCGAGCAAGGAGUACUUUGCCGCGCAGAACUCCUCAACAACAACACCGAACGGGCGAGAGAAACCGGUGACGGGUGUUUCGCCUGAUGCGAAGCGGAGGAAGGUCGAGUGA